ACAACUAUUUCCACUUCCCUUUUACUAACAUAACAAACACCAAUGAACAACGAAGGGUAGCACCUCAAUACAGACCGCAGCUAUUACAGCGCCUUAGUCACCUUGACAUACCUAACAUUUAAUGAUUAGAGGUUAUCAUAUCAGCACGGCAGUCUAGAGAUAAGAAAACAGCCUGGAUGUACUGUGUUGCUUCACCCGUUCAUUCUUCAACAACAGCAAGAAACAUGAAGUGGUUUGUGCGCCUUGUUGUCCUCCUGUGCUCUCUCUCACUACUGCUUCCCCCGGCUGAGACCUCUUCCGCCCGACGCCCCCCUCCCCCUCCCCCCAGCGCGAAGCCCUCCGGUGCAGGCGCAGAAGGCCCACGGGCGGAUCCGAGCCCGCAGGACUACGCCGGAUGGAAGCUGCUGAGGAUUUUCCCGUCUUCGCUCUCCCUCCUGAAGGCGUUGGUCGCCUCCUUGAGAAAUAACACGGAGGCGGUGGUUGUGCACGUGUCCCAUUCAGAAUUGCUGGCGGACGUGGGUCUUUCGCCAAGGACAACUUUGGAGAGCGUGUUAUCGGGCGGCCUCCCUUCGCCGCUCCCGCCUCUUUGCUCCCUCGACGCCCCUGACCCCGCCCGCGCCACGCCAGGGAGAGAGGGCCGGGUGCGGGCGGAGGAGAAGCUGGAUGAGUGCCAAGGAGAGGAAUCACCUGCAGAAGAGAUGUCACUCACGGCAAGGAGGCGACGGUUUUCCUUGGGCUUUCUGAAGUGGAAAACACUUCCCGGAUUCGUCAAGGAAAAGACUAAGCUGGAUGGCUCAGAGCCGCUUGCGUGGGAUAACUACUAUCGCUAUGACUCCAUUCACCGAUUUGGACUGAACUUAUCUCACAGUCUGCCGCAUGUUGAAUACCUGGACAUCGGGCAGAGCUUCGAGGGAAGACCGCUCUUUGCUCUUUGUUUCGCUUCCAAACCCACAGGCAUGAAAAAGACUUUCAAGAAGAAACUCCUUAAAAUACGCAGGUUAAGAGCUAAGCGAGGUCGGGAUCCAGAGCUCGCGACCUUACACAAGAGGAGAAUGCUAGCAAGAAGAAAGAAAGUUAACAAACCAUACAUCUUCAUCGAAGCAGUGACCUUAGUAGUUUCCUCCCCUCUGCCCCUGCCCCUGCACACAGGCAUCCACGCCCGCGAGUGGAUAGCGCCGGCCGUGGCGACCUUCAUGGCCCAGGAGCUGGCGACCUUCGGCAAGCGGUUCCUGAAGCACGCGACGGUCAUCCUCGCCCCCAUGACCAACCCUGACGGCUACGAAUACACCCACACCGCCGACAGGUACUGGCGCAAGAACAGGCGGACGACUCCCGAGCCCUCGUGCCCUGGCGUCGACCUCAACCGCAACUGGCGCCUCGGUUGGGGCGACCCUGAGGGCUCCAGCGGCGACCCUUGCUCCCCCGAAUAUCGUGGCACCGAGAUCUUCUCCGAGCCCUGAGACCAGGCACUCCGCGACUUGGCACUGGUUUGGAUGGAGAAGAUUACGCUGUUCGUCAGUCUCCAUUGCAGUGGGAGAGUCAUCCUGCAUCCUUGGGGAUUCAUCAGCACGCCAAGCACUAAGCAGAAGCAGCUGGCGAGAAUUGCGAAGGUGAUGUCCAAGUAUCUUCGCCGAAAUAAUCAGACGUUUGAGUUUGGUCAAUCAAGUCACGUGAUGUACACAGCAUCGGGAACUUCCAGUGACUUCAUGCACGGCGCAGGAGUGAAAUACUCAUACACACUCGAACUUCCCGAAGACAGUUUCGAACUCGAGCCAGAGAAGAUCGUACCAAUAUCUAAAGCGGUUUCGAAUGCCCUGAUAUGUACACUCGGUGAAAUCGUAAAGACGGAUAGAAUCAGAUCCUUCUGCAAGACGGAGGAAACUACAGCGAAAUUGAAGGGAAAAAAAAAAUCAACGAAGAGAGAAAGAAGAAGGCAGAAGGAUGAAAACGGGAAUUCUUGAAAUUAAAUUAGUUGACUGAGAAUGAGAUUUCAUGAUGAGCGUUCCUGUAGUUAUGCGUAUCAGCCGCUAUCAGUAAAAUUCAGUGUAUAUUAUGAUUAAAAUACUUCUGACUUAU